AUGCCGGACCUGGACGACGAGUUUGCACGCUUUGAAGCAGAGAUUCAGUCACUAGAGAAGCAAGUAAAGCCUAUAGACGAUACACAACAUGAAGAAAAGAAUCUUAAUAACGAUACAGAAUUAUUUUUGAAGAAAAGCAAGACUGAAGAAGGUGGAGUGACACCUUUACGAAAACGUGUGGGUGUAAUGGCGAAACCCAAGAUUUAUAUGGCUCCACCACGUCCUGCACCAGUUAAAAAAGUCAUGUCAACUGAACUACUAGAUGGAAAAUGUGCAGAAGAAUCUGAUGGACGUCCAAGAAUGCUCAAUACGCUAGAAGACGUGGCAGCACAUCGAGGAGCUCUCAGUGGUUUUCCAGUAGGUACAACGGGGGAAGAUGCAGCAAUUGUUGCUUCCAAUGCAUCAGGGGCAGCGUCUGUGGCGGGCUAUCGACCAAUUCUUCCCCGUGUAGAUAUGGACACAGGACACGUGCUGUCGAUAGAGGAGCAGGAGAUGAUGAAUAGGCAGCAGAGUGUCUACGAGUACGACCCCAAGAGAACGGCAGCAAGUAUUGCGGCAGGAUCACAAGGAAAAGAUGGAGUAGGAUACGGAAAAGGAGCUGGUAGAAAACAGAAGCGGCAUUUACGGCUUGCUGGUGGCCAAGUGUGGGAAGAUCAAACGCUUGAAGACUGGCCUGACAACGACUUUCGUCUCUUUUGUGGAGAUCUCGGCAAUGAAGUAAGUGACGAGCUUCUUGCCCACAGCUUUGCCAAGUACGCAUCGUUUCAACGUGCACGUGUCGUGCGGGAUAAGCUGACGCACAAGUCGCGUGGAUACGGCUUCGUUAGCUUCACUGACCCUUUUGACUGCGCAAAGGCCCUACGUGAAAUGAACGGAAAGUAUAUUGGAAACCGACCUGUGAAAUUAAGUAAAAGCAAGUGGCAGGAACGCAACAUUGACGUUGCCAAGAAGAAGAUGCGCAAGCGCAAGCGUGAUAAGCACCAUCUAUUUAACUGA